ACCCACAUGACUUACAGCAAUUCAGUUCAUUCACAAGCAACAAUUAAAACACAUUGAGAUACUAGUAAAAGUGUUAAAUUUCAUAAUGGAAUUGUUUGGCAAGAUUUUAUUGAUCACUGCUAUUUCAUUAGCACUUUUCGGUGAAACGUUGAGUAAAAUACCAAAUUAUAUAAAAGUGUGCAGAGCAUCCGAUCCCAGAGUAACACAAUGCAUUGCAACUUCAAUAAAAGAUUUACUCCCAAAAUUGAAAAAUGGAAUCAGAGAAUUGGAUUUACCACCUAUUGAACCUUUACACUUGCAUAAUAUUAAAUUAAGCACUGGUAAACACAGCAAUAUAUCGAAUUUAUACGUUUAUGGUAUAACUACAUUCAAAUUAACUGAUUUAAAGACAGAUGUUGUACAUAAUCGAUUUAUGUUCAAAUCAGUAGCACCUACAUUACAUUUUAAUGGAAAUUAUGAUUUAGAUAUGAAAUUGGUUUUUAUUCCAAUAAAAGGCCAAGGAAAAAUUAGUGGUGUAUUAAAUAAUUUUCAUGCUGACGGAAUGAUGCACGGCAAGAAAAUAUGGCGAAAUGGCAAACAAUAUCUACACUUCCAGAAAUUCCAGUUAAAAAUGCAUUCGGCCGAUGCCAAAUUACAACUGGAUAAUUUAUUCGGCGGUGAUCCAUUCCUAGGACAAGUUACCAACUCAGUAAUCAACAGUAAUAUAAACGUGAUUAUGGAUGACAUAAUGCCGGCACUGGAAAAUUCGUUAAGCCAAGACUUAACUUCGAUAGCAAAUAAAAUAAUGGAUAGAUUUACAUACGAUGAAUUAUUUCCUCAAUAAUUUAACAUCUUCUUUGUUACAAAGAAGUUUUACAAGUUUAAUUUGACAUUGUCUUGACUGCUGUAAUGUGUCUGUAGUUUUUACAAUACAUUAGUAAUGCUGAAUAAAUUGGCUUUGGUCUUUGUU